AUGGUCCAGUGGCUUGGAGUAAGAAAAGGAAGUUGGACUGAAGAAGAAGAUCUUCUUCUACGCCGAUGCAUUGAGAAGUUUGGAGAAGGAAACUGGCGCCACGUUCCCCUUAGAGCAGGGCUGAGAAGAUGCCGAAAGAGCUGCAGGUUGAGAUGGUUAAACCAUCUCCACCCGGAUAUCAAGAGAGAAGAGUUCACGCAAGAAGAAGUUGACCUACUUCUUAGGGUUCAUAAGCUCUUAGGCAACAGAUGGUCCUUAAUCGCUGGUAGGCUUCCAGGAAGAACGGGCAAUUGUAUAAAGAAUUACUGGAACACUCACUUCUACAGAAAGACUGCUGGUACUACUACUGCUUUGGGAGGGGAAGAAGUUCAAGCCUUAAGUCUUGCGAGCAAGAAAAACGAAGUCAUAAAGCCUCGCCCAUGGACCUUCCCCAAAAGUUCCCCUUGGGUGUUGGGAAGCUUAUCUUCUUCUUCUACUUCUCCUCACUCAUCUUCCACUAAAAUUAAUGUUGGUACUAACGGUCAUCCAAUAGAAAAACUGGGCAUUACAUGUCCUAUUCUCCCUGGUACUGAUGAUCAAGGGUCUGGGCUUAGAACAGGAAAUUGA